UUUCGUGCGAAUCCAUGGCUCUUAAGUCCGGUGGCUCGGAGUGCGUCAUUGAUGCUUGUACAUUUUGAGACCCCCGGAUUUAAAAUUCUGGACCUGCGCAAGUCUCGGUACUAUUAUACGGCCGCGUUAAGUAGCUGAGUCCCGGCCGCGAUUGCCUAAUGUUCAGACAUUCUUCCGAUUCACACCAUGUUCACCAAAUCCAUCUUGACUGUUGCUGCUGCGAUCGGUGCUGCGACUGCGCAGACAGGACCUGGAUUUCCUGUGCCUGCUAGCCAGCCUCUCAUCGUUAGCUUUGGCAAUAACACUGUUUCCCCUGCUGGAGAGCUGAUCCCUCGCCCUGAGACUGCGAGCCCUCCCAAUGUUAGCGUCACCGCAUGGCCAGCUUCAUCUGACAGCAGCGACUCUACACCUCCUCCCGGCGUCCUUCUCAUCGUCGAUCUCGAUGUCCCGCGCAACGGCUCUCGACUCCAGCUCGUGCACUGGGUCGCCUUGAACGUGACCCUCGGCCCUAGCAGCUCGGCAUCGAACUCGACACCUCUCGUGAUUCCGAAUGGACCUGUGCCCUACCUUCAGCCAUCUCCUCCUGUAGGCGAUGUGCCGCACUCGUACAACGUCGUUGUCUUCCAGCAGCCCGCCAAUUUCUCGCUCCCUUCGCAGUACAGCAACCUGACCCAGAACCGCGUGCCGUUCAAUGUCAGCCAGUUCGUCCGCGACACUGGCCUGGGCCAACCCAUUGGCGGUAGCUACUUCCAGGUCCAGAACUUGACCGGUACGCCUACAACCACCUUCCCGCCUGCGAGGUCUCCUACAUCGACUAGCGGUGGUAAUGCAACGACGACGGAAUUCACCGGUGCUGCGGCGCAGCUGUCGGGUGACAGGGCGGUCUGGAUUGGUCUGUCCACCGUCUUCAUCGCAGGUUUUGCCGCCUUCGCUCUGUAAACAUAGCCGACGACGCCCGUCAUGUACAUAGGUCAGAUGGUAUAUGCAGACGUUUCGAGUGAAUGUUCCAGCACGUGCAUCGCUGAUGUCAUCGCGUCUAACCUCGUUGAGCCGCGCUAAGCGAAUGGGAGGAAUUGAUUGCGACCGGCCGGACCCCACCACCCCGCCAAUCGGCCGGAGAGUCAAUGCGAGUACAAACGGACAUCAAUUGCGCGCGUUUAGACAUGGCCAG